AUGUCAUUUUUAUUGAUAACAGGAUUGCCAGGUGUCGGCAAAACAACGAUCGUUCAAAAGAUCAUCAAAGAUCUCAGAACAAAAGUGCAGUCGUUGAGUCUUCAAGGUUUCUACACGGAAGAAGUAAGAGAUGAGAAAGGUGAAAGAAUAGGAUUUGAUGUGGUUUCUUUAGAAGGAAAUCGAGGAAUAUUAUCAAGAACUAAAGCGGGAAUGAAUUACAAAGUCGGAAAAUACAUCGUUUACGUUCAAGAGUUUGAAGAUUUCAUCUUCAGAGAAGUGAAACAAUCUGAUCAUACGUCAUUGCUGGUUAUCGAUGAGAUUGGCAAGAUGGAAUUACUGAGUAGAAAGUUUGAAAUAUUUAUAAAUAAUCUUAUAUGCUCAAAUAGUAAUUUCCGAGUUAUUGCAACUGUCCCACUAAAAACUCCAUUAAAACUUAUCGACAAACUCAAGCAACAUCCAAAGUCUCGAACUUUUCACAUUACAAAAUCAAAUCGAGAGACAGUUUACGAUGACAUUUUUCAAUCGACAAAAUCUCUUGUAAAUUAA